CUGCUCGGCCAAUGGGCAGGAAGGGGCGUGUGUGGAGAGGAAGCAGGCGGGAAGCGCGGUGUGGUGGCUGGAUACUAGAGGCUGGAAGUACGUGUAGAGUCGGAUGGUGCAGAUUGGCCCAGAUAAAUUCUUGAUUAUCACCUGACUCCAGGAUGAAAGAUGGAAAUUGAGUGCGAAACAGAAAUCCCUGAGGAUGAAAGCCUUGUUCUACUUUGGAUUCAAGAGAAUAAUGCAGUUGUUAAGAGAUGGAAAGAUUUCAAAACAACCCGAUAUGUCCAAACAUUGAAACAGAAAUUACUGGAGUGGCAUUCAGAGCUUUCGCAAUUGCUUCAGAAAAUACAAGGUUUACCAUCCACUGCCAACAGCCUUCCCUUGGAACUGACAGUUGUGUACAACACUUUGUUAAUUCACAUUAAUAUAACUGGUGGAUUUCUGUGUGAACAUCAAGAGCGAAUCAAGAAUGCCCUGUACAGAGUUCUUUUGCCUAGAAGCCAGGGUGAUGUGAGGGACACAACCAUCACAGAGCUAUGGAAGAAGGUCCUCACUGCAGUGCAUCCUCAGGAAACAUACUCCGCUCUUAACAGAUUAGCUGGAUUGCAAGGUGCCUUGUGGCUGGCAGAAAAUCAACUGGAGCCUAUCAUUAACUUAUUUCACCUUUUUAACCAGGCUCCUACUUUUUCUUGUAGAAAAUACACAUUGCUAGACUUGAUCAAAGCAUGGAAAGUUCCCGAUCAGGCAGAGGAGGAAAUUCACACUCUGCAAAGUGCCUGCCAUUUAAAAGAUAUUCUCUAUACCUCAGCUGCUUUUCUGCAAGGUUUGGCUUCAAUGGAUGCUAAGGACUUCCCUCAGGCAGUGGACCUCUUACAAGAAGCUGCCAGCAGCUUGUGUACUAGCAAAAUAUUGUCUCAAAUCUACACCUGUCUUGGAUGGUCCUUCUACAAGAUGGCAAAGCCACAGACAGCCCUGCAGUUCUGGAAGCAGGCUCUGAGUGUGAAUUUUCACUGUCUCUCAGCCCUGUACCACACAUCCUGCCUGUACAGUGACAUGAAUAAAUUGGAAUCUGAACUGGAGGCUCUUACUCUACUUCAUACGGAAUUAGAAAAUUAUUGCGUUGACCCCAGCUCAGUAGACGCCUUUUUUCUGUUCAGAACUGAACUUUUACUGAACACCUCUAUUUUGAGCCACUAUGUCCAUGUACCAAAUGCCUACGAGGUGAAGUAUCUUAUAGCAAAUCGCUACCUCAAAAGAAAUAGCGCUGAACAAGCAGCAGAACAUUACAUGGAUCUGAUGACUGCAUUACUUCAGGGAUCUCAGCCAGAUAGUAUAUAUCCCAGCCCAGCUCCCCUACCCAGAAUUCCAUUAAUUUACCUGGAAGCUACCACAGCUCUGUUAGAAACUGAGAAGUUUCAGGAUGCUAUCACAGUAAGUGAAGAAGUGUUGGAAAAUCUCAGUCCCAUCACAGCUGGCCUUACAAGCAUGGUGGAAGCAGAGACCAGUCAGGAGACUAAAUCUCACAUUGAAUGGGUGAACUGUGUCUUAUGGGCCUCCACAGCUCACUUUCUUCAAGGAGAAGCUAAUGGGAAGCUGGGAAAUCAUAAAGAAUCAGUUACUGCAUACACCAGGUGUAUAAACAUAAUGACGAAAGUUCAAUUUACGGACUCUGGAUCUUUCAAGGCUUGUGAUCACAUUAAAGAGCAUCACAUAUUUACAGUUCUGAAAGCAUCAGCCUUUCUGGGCAGAAGUCACCAGUUUUUGCAGAUGGGGGAUGAAAAGAUUUCCCUAAUGAACAUGAGACUUGCCCUUCAGGCCAUGCAAGGCUUUCCUGGUGCACUCUUCUGCCUUAUUGGAAUGUUGUGGAAGACUGAGCAUAAGAAAAUAGUAGCUCUUGAAUUUAGGAGAUGGAGAUACCAGGGCAAAAUGGCAUGCCUACUUGAUCAAUAUGAGGAAAUGAAGAUGGAGUUGCCACUGCACCUGGCUGUUUGCAUCCAAAAAAACUUCUUGCUGGAAAAAUCGCUUGUUCAAGAAUUGGAGGAUUAUUUGCAAAAUGAAGAAAAAGAAACCAUCACUAACUCUUAAAUCUUGACAAAAUGUUUAGUAACUGUGUUGGGUUUACUGUACACUCUUCCGCUUUUAAAUUAUUUUGUACCAGAGUUUAAAUUAAAAUAAUAUUUUUUUGUAUACACAUCUAAUGUUCUGAGUAAAGAAAAGUUGGUUUAACAUA